AUGCUUUUCUCUAAUCCACAAUCUAACUCCUGGCUUGUGAACAAGUUACUCAAACUCAAACAGGUGGUGUUCCCUUUAAUCAAGUUGAGGUUGCAGAAUGGCGAAACAGCACGGUUCUGGUCAGACAAUUGGACACCAUUUGGUGACCUUCACACACACUUGUCGGGAACAAACUCUAGGUUGGGAAUUCCUCUUCAUGCUACUGUGGCCUCUCUGUAUAGAAACGGCACUUGGUCUCUACCACCUGCACGUUCAGAAGCGCAGAUUGAGUUAUAUGUCUAUCUUACAACAGUCGAACUUAACUCAUCUCAAGAUUACUAUGAAUGGGAGAUCAACGGUCAAGUUCAAACAACUUACAGAACGGGGCGUCUCUAUGAUUACCUCUGCGCUUUAAAACCUGAUGUCGUUUGGUAUGAUGCAGUUUGGAUCUCAAGGGCUAUUCCUCGUCAUAGUUUCCACACCUGGCUUGUUAUCCAAGACAGACUCCCUACGCGAGAUAGAUUGUUAAAGUGGGGACUUCAAUUGGAGGGCCGAUGUCUUCUCUGCAACUCAAAUCCAGAGUCUCGGGAUCAUCUCUUCUUCUCUUGUAACUAUAGCUACGAUCUGUGGGCGAUGGUAGCUAGAAGACUACAACUUGUACCUUAUCGUCACUGGCCUAUCACUAUUCAGCAAUUGAUCGCACUUCCCCCACCCGCCUCUCAAAGAAUCCUCACUCGACUGGCUUGGCAAGCAACCUUGUACUGGCUAUGGACCGAACGUAAUACUCGCCUCCAUACGCAGAUGUUUCGAUCGGUUGAUCAGAUCUUCAAACUACUUGACAGACAACUGAAGAACAAGCUUCAAAGCUUCAGGGACACAAACCCGACUCGGUCUUCGAUCAUGAUGCAAAGCUGGUUUCGAUUUGGUUGA